UGGGAUCACACAGAAGCUCCGUCUACAAAGAACGUCUUUCAGUACAGCAGCGAAUGUGCUUCGUCCUGGUGCUGCCAGGGUUAAGGACAUCCUGCCAACCACAUCUGGCCUCCCCCUCCUCUCAUGUUUCCACAUUUCCUCUGUGUUAGCUGCAGAAUGUACGCUACAUCUGGAUCACGCUCCAUACAAAGGAACUGAAGCCUGACCAACAAGCUCAGCAGCUACAGGGAGUGGAUACGUAUCUUCUGUAUUAGAUGCACCCCAAGCUUCGGAAAGCUCUCCAAUAACUAAGGACGUGGCACUGGUUAAACAAUAUGAAGACCCUUCAUGUAAUUCAUCUCUGUGCCUUGUACUUCCUAUUCAUUGUCCAGUUUGAUCAGAGUACGGCUGCACCUUCUCCUAUUAUAAAGUUUCCAGGGGACACCUCGCCCAAAACAGAUAAAGAGUUGGUCACUCAAUACCUACUGAAGUACUAUGGCUGCCCUAAAGACACGUGUCUGAUGGUACUGAAAGAUACACUAAAGAAAAUGCAGCAAUUCUUUCAUAUUCCUGAAACGGGGGAGAUGGAUCAAAAGACAAUUGAGACAAUGAGAAAGCCAAGAUGUGGUAACCCAGAUGUGUCCAACUAUCAGUUCUUCCCAAGGAAACCCAAAUGGGAAAAGAACCAGAUCACAUACAGGAUCUUAGGGUACACUACAGAUCUGGAUUCUGAAACUGUGGAUGAUGCUUUUGCUCGGGCAUUUCAAGUCUGGAGUGAUGUCACACCGCUAAAGUUCAAUCGCAUAAUGGAUGGAGAAGCUGAUAUCAUGAUUAACUUUGGCCGCUGGGAACACGGAGAUGGCUAUCCAUUUGAUGGGAAAGAUGGACUAUUAGCUCACGCGUUUGCACCAGGGUCAGGUGUUGGUGGAGAUUCCCAUUUUGAUGAUGAUGAGCUUUGGACUUUAGGAGAAGGUCAAGUUGUGAAAGUGAAGUACGGAAAUGCUGAUGGCGAGUUCUGCAAGUUUCCUUUCCUCUUCAAUGACAAAGAAUACACUAGCUGCACUGAUGCUGGACGGUCCGAUGGCUUCCUCUGGUGUUCCACUACAUACAACUUCGAUGCAGAUGGCAAAUAUGGCUUUUGCCCUCAUGAAUUGCUCUUCACAUUAGCUGGAAACGCAGACGGAAAACCUUGCAAGUUCCCAUUUAAAUUUCAAGGCAGCUCCUACGACAGCUGUACAACUGAGGGAAGAACAGAUGGCUACCGGUGGUGCGCAACCACAGACGACUAUGACCAGGAUAAGACCUAUGGAUUCUGUCCUGAAACAGCACUGUCCACAGUAGGAGGGAAUGCAGAAGGUUCUCCUUGCGUCUUUCCUUUCACUUUCCUUGGCAACAAAUAUAACUCAUGCACCAGCUCUGGAAGAAGCGAUGGCAAACUAUGGUGUGCCAGUAGCAGCAGCUAUGAUGAUGACCGCAAAUGGGGUUUCUGCCCUGAUCAAGGUUAUAGUCUGUUUCUUGUUGCUGCCCAUGAGUUUGGACAUGCUCUUGGACUUGAGCAUUCUGAUGAUCCAGGUGCCUUAAUGGCUCCUAUUUACACAUACAUCAAGAACUUUCGACUCUCACAAGAUGAUGUCAGUGGUAUUCAGGAACUUUACGGAGAGGGAUCUGAAAGUAAACCUGGGCCCGGACCUGGACCAGGACCAGGACCAUCUCCGACUCUAGGCCCUGUCACUCCAGAGCUGUGCACGAAAGACAUUGUGUUUGAUGGGAUAACACAAAUAAGAGGGGAGAUAUUCUUCUUUAAAGAUCGAUUUAUAUGGCGAUCAGUGAACAGAAGAAGCCGGCCAUCCGGCCCUCUACUUGUUGCUACAUUCUGGCCAGAAGUACCUGAAAGAAUUGAUGCUGUAUAUGAAGAACCCCAGGAGGAGAAAACUGUUUUCUUUGCAGGUGAUGAAUACUGGGUUUACUCUUCAAGUGCACUGGAAAGGGGAUACCCAAAGAAGUUGACUAGUCUUGGACUGCCGCCAGAUGUCAAACGCGUGGAUGCUGCCUUCAACUGGAGCAAAAACAAAAAAACUUACAUUUUUACUGGGGACAAGUUCUGGAGAUAUAAUGAAGUUAAGAAGAAAAUGGACCCCGGCUUCCCAAAAUUAAUUGCAGAUGCCUGGAAUGGUGUGCAUGAUAAUCUAGAUGCUGUAGUAGACCUGAAUAGCGGCUACAGUUAUUUCUUCAAAGACCAGUAUUACCAUGAAAUGGAAGAUAAGAUAUUGAAGAUUGUUAAAAUCGGCAAUGUAAAAACCGAUUGGCUUGGUUGCUGAAAUGUAGAGUGUGAUAUUAAUCGCAUAUUGUCUUUUGUAUGUAUUCCAGUUUACAUGUUUAUGACUUUUUCUUAUUGGUUAUAGAACUGUACUGAUUGACCAGUCUGGUACUGGUAUAUUGAUUGUAUGUGCAAGAGCACCUCAUUUUCCUUACACAAUAAUUUAAUGUGUUACAUACACGAGAAGAGUAUAAACCAAAUAUGACAAUAUAGACAGACAGAGCACAUAGUGUUUGCUUACUGCUGUAUGAAUGGCUGCUUGGUCCAUCAACCAGAUGUCUAAUUGCCAUUGUGAUGCUAUAAUAUGUGCCAUUCAUAUAUUAAUGAUAAACUUCCACACACAGAGGCACAGGCUGCCUAUAAACUUGUGAUGAUAAUAAUUAGUUAGACAAAUUCCGUAUUGUACCAUGCACAUGUACGAGUCAGAAGCCUUUAAACAUCUGGUGUCAAUUUACAACACAUUUUCUAGCUCUGAUAUUAGAUUACACAGGAUUAUUUUCAUUUGUAAGUAUAUUUGUACUCAUUUGAAUAAUGUGUGUACAUUUAUUCAACAGUGGUUUGCACUUCCAUUGAAAUUAAAUUUGGUAAAAUCUACAUCGCUAAUACUGUACAACAGAAACAAAGUACAGUAUAAAAAUAAAGUCUGAUUUACACAC